UGUUAAUAGAGUUUACAUAGUAUAAAUAAGCAGAACACAGACGGUUGCUAGGAAACCGGUGUAUUUACAGUAAAUCACAAUUUGCCAUAUUUAUAUGGCAAAUUGUGUUUUAUAUAUGUUUUAUAUAUCAAAUAGAAAAUUAGAAAACUGUAAUUAUAGUAUUAUACUGUAAAAUAUUGAAGGAGAAACGGGUACUUUUGCAGUGGAAUUCAUGCACCCAUUUGAGACUAUCCCUAAAAGUUUAUCAAAACUAAACGUUGAAAGGCGUAGAUAAAUUAUGGUCAUGUAAAGCGUACUGUAGCACUGCAAAUCCCAGAACUGUAUGAUAAAGCAAAUAAUAAAAAAAAAAAUAGGCGUGGCAUGGUCAACUCCGAACCGUAACUUCCAUGGCAUUGUCCAUGUUUACAGUUUUAUUUUAUUAAUAACAUAUGUAUAUAUGUCAACCUAUGAAAAUAAAAUUAUAAUCAACAACAGAACAAACUCUUCAGAACCAAGCAGUACGAGGAGGACCUCGCUUUCUCAUCCGUGUUUUCUGCUCUCGAUUAAGCAACGCAACCCAGCCACUCGCCGCUCUGUUUUUACUGUCUGCUUAUUUGAAUGUAUUCAGUGCUGUUUUCCACAAGCUUUAACCUUAAUGCUUUUUAAGAAAACAGUUUUAAAAAAUCGGCAAGGGAGACGAUAUUAAUAUAAUUGAUAUACAUAACAGUAACCCCCCUCCCCCCCCCCUCGAGCCAGUUAUUUUAUCUAGGAUUUCCAGGUAUCCUGCGUCUUGCAGAAAUUGCAACAGAAAACACAGAAAUAAGCUUCAUAUGAGCCACUCUGCAUGGCCUGUGUUUAGCUGCCCAGACCACCUGAUCCGUAGCCCAGGCUAAGGCUGGCGUGGGGUUCCUCGGUUAGCUAUGAAGGUCAUCCAUCAGAAGAACUCUGUGCAGAUCCUGUCGGGGCGAGAGCGUGGUGCCCAAGGCUAUGGCUCUCAGCGCCUGCUGCAGCAACUCGUGGAAGAUAAAACCCGAUGGAUGAAAUGGGAGAGUCAGAAAGUGGAGUUGCCAGACAGCCCUCGUUCAACCUUUCUCUUGGCUUUCAGCCCGGACAGGACGUUAAUGGCUUCCACCCAUGUGAAUCAUAAUAUCUACAUCACUGAGGUGAAGACAGGGAAAUGCAUUCACUCGCUGGUGGGGCACCGUCGCACCCCCUGGUGUGUGACCUUUCACCCCAUCAUAUCGGGGCUUGUGGCGUCUGGGUGCCUGGAUGGAGAAGUCCGCAUUUGGGAUUUACACGGUGGUAGCGAGAGCUGGUUCACAGAGAGCAAUGUGGCAAUAGCAUCCCUGGCCUUUCAUCCCACAGCACAGCUCCUGCUCAUUGCCACAAACAACGAGAUUCAUUUUUGGGACUGGAGCCGGCGAGAACCUUUUGCAGUGGUGAAAACUGCCAGUGAAAUGGAGCGAGUCAGGCUGGUGAGGUUUGAUCCAUUGGGCCACAAUCUUCUGACAGCGAUUGUGAAUCCUUCAAAUCAACAGAAUGAUGAUGACUCGGAGAUCCCUAUGGACAGUGUUGAGAUGCCCCACUUCAGGCAGCGCUCGUUCCUACAGUCCCAGCCUGUGCGUCGGACCCCCCUUCUCCACAACUUCCUCCACAUGCUGUCAUCGCGGACCUCAGGGACGCAGGCAGGAGAGCAGAGCCAAAGCGAGGACAGCAGCGUACCCCCAAGCCUGCCCUCCGGAGAGGGCAGCCGUUACACUUCCGUCAGGGACCGGCCUGCCUACCAGGGCUGCGUCCAGCACUUGGGAAUGGUCUGCUUCUGCAGCCGCUGCUCUGUGGUCCGUCCGUCCUCUUCCUCCCCACUACAGAGCGAGGACACUGUCCCUUCAGCUUCCUCCGACCUCUCCACAGCCUCCACCUUCUCCUCGGCCCGGACCGAGCCUCGCCUCCCUCCUGAGCGGCCCGCAGGCCAGCACGAGCAGCGGGCGAGUGAGCGACCCUCCGCCUUCAUCACUGUGCACGGCAGCACGGCCGGCAACUCCCUCCGAAACCUCUCCUCCGGGCCUGGACGCAGGGGACUCUUAGGGCUGGCAUCUAACCAACCCAUGGGUCACCAGCAACUGAACAGAGACGCUUCGGGGCGACUGGCUGGCACAGACUGGACUGGGAGCAUGUUGAACAUCCGGACAGAAUCUGUGAGUUCUGUAGGGGGCAGUGGCAGUGGUGGUGGCGGUGGUGGCAGCGGCGGCGGCGGCAUGCCCCCGCCGAGGACUAGCGCUUCCUCUGUCAGCUUGCUCUCCGUGCUGAGGCAUCAGGAAGGGAGUUCCCAAGCUCCUGUCUACACCUCAGCCACAGAAGGGAGAGGGUUCCCUGGGCCAAGCACCAGCAACAGUGGUUCAGCUGGGGCUGGAGGAAGCCACCCCACUCUGGGAGGAGAGGGGACCCAGAGCAGCCAGGCUUCUAUCCGCAAUGUCCUCCAAUGCAACCUGAGCCGCUACUUCAUGGAGUACGACCGCAUGCAGGACAUUGACCAGGGAAUGAGCCAGGGGGAGCCCAGCCAGUCUCAGCAAACACAGGAGCUGCUCAACAACAACAUUGACCCUGACAGACCAGGGCCCUCCCAAUACCAGCCUCCCCACAGCAGCGAAAACAACUCCAACUUGUCCCGGGGGCAUCUGAACAGGUGCAGGGCUUGCCAUAACUUACUGACCUUUAACCACGACACCCAGCGGUGGGAGAGGACUGGCCAAGCUGCCUCUUCGGCCAAUGAGGAAAGCACUUCAUGGCAACCUCCAAAUCCACCCUUUGAGGGUUUAGGACAAGGGGCGAGCCAACCCCAGACUCCUGAGAGGAGAGUCAAUGCUGGGGGGCCAGAUCCGAGCAAUGGGGCCCCCAGCAAUGAGAGCAGCUACCCCAGGCAAGGCUCUUCCAAUCCACAAGCCGAGCAGACAGUAGGACUGGUGUACAGCCAGGAAAUUGGACAGUGGGAAAGAGUUUACGGGCAAUCAACUUCGAGCCGAACCGGGAAUGUAUCACAAGAGGCCUUAAACCAAGAAAUGCCUGAAGAGAAUUCGGAUGAAGAUUCUCUUAGGAGGAGGCUGUUGGAGUCCUCUCUUAUUUCCCUCUCUCGAUAUGACAUGUCGGGAUCUCGUGAUCACCCCAUUUAUCCUGACCCCGCUAGGUUAUCCCCAGCUGCAUAUUACGCCCAGAGGAUGAUCCAGUACCUUUCCCGGCGAGACAGCAUCCGCCAACGCUCGCUGCGCUACCAGCAGAACAGACUGCGGCCCUCGCCCGACAACCCGCCCGCCAACCCCUCCCAGUCCAUGGAGAACAACGAGGUCGACUUUGAGGAGUUUGAGGAUAAUGGAGAGCGAGCCAGACAUAGAGCGCCACGGAAUGCCCGGAUGUCUGCCCCCUCACUGGGGCGCUUUGUUCCUCGGCGUUUUUUGCUGCCAGAGUAUCUUCCGUAUGCUGGGAUUUUCCAUGAAAGGGGACAGCCUGGCUUGGCAACUCACUCCUCUGUUAACAGGGUCCUGGCAGGUGCUGUGAUUGGAGAUGGGCAGUCAGCAGUGGCCAGUAACAUCGCCAAUACAACUUACAGGCUCCAGUGGUGGGACUUCACCAAAUUUGACCUUCCAGAAAUCAGCAAUGCCUCCAAUAAUGUUUUGGUCCAGAACUGUAAGAUAUACAACGAUGCCAGCUGUGACAUUUCUGCUGAUGGGCAGCUGCUGGCGGUGUUCAUUCCCAGUAGCCAGAGAGGUUUUCCAGACGAAGGCAUCCUAGCGGUUUACUCUCUGGCACCACACAACCUCGGAGAGAUGCUGUACACCAAGAGAUUUGGUCCAAAUGCUAUCUCGGUGAGCCUGUCCCCUAUGGGGCGCUAUGUGAUGGUGGGGUUGGCGUCUCGGAGGAUUCUCCUGCACCCCUCCACAGAGCACAUGGUCGCACAGGUGUUCCGGCUGCAGCACCCUCACGGUGGAGAGACCUCUAUGAGGAGAGUCUUUAAUGUCCUUUACCCAAUGCCAGCGGACCAGAGAAGACACGUCAGUAUAAACUCUGCUCGUUGGUUACCAGAACCAGGUUUGGGCCUUGCCUACGGGACGAAUAAAGGGGACCUGGUGAUCUGCAGGCCGGUGGCAUCCAACUCUGGUGCAGAGUAUUUCUGGGACCAGCUGAACGAGGCAAACUUCACUGUGAAUAGCAGUGGCAACAGCAGCAACCGCAGCACAGAGAGGCCAGGGACCAGUAGGGCUAACUGGAGAUCAGAUAGGGAUAUGGGUUUGAUGAAUGCGAUUGGUCUACAGCCUCGGCAUCCGGCCCCCUCGGUGACAUCACAAGGCACGCAAACCCCCAUCCUGCAGUUACAGAAUGCUGAGACCCAGACCGACAGAGACCUGCAGGAACCAAGCACCUCUGCAACUGCCAAUGUCCCUGGACCACAGGAGGACUCAGCCCCCAGCACCAGUACAGAUAUGACCGCUGAGAACUUGAAUCAGGACAGUGGCACCGCUGAAGCAUCGUCAGAAGCAGGCACCAGUGCUGCUAACUCCGGUGAGAGCUCAGAGUACAGCUCUGGGGAGGAUGCCCUAGCCCAGAUCCGCCGGCUCAUCGCGGAGGGGGGGAUGACGGCUGUUGUGCAGCGAGAGCAGAGCACGACCAUGGCAUCCAUGGGGGGGUUUGGAAACAACAUCAUUGUGAGCCACAGGAUCCACCGUGGCUCCCAGACCGGGGCCGACUCUUCAGGGGUCAGGGGAGCCCGAGAGGCCAGAGACGAUCCCCUACCCGGCCCCUCCAGCUCCUUCACCUCGCCGCACAGUACUGUCACCAUCACAGAUCCUGGCAGGAGCCGCUGCCGCAUCCUUGCUCGCACAUUGCAAUUGACUAACGAACCGGACGGCUCCAGAAACGCUCUGCCAGCUCCCGAAGAGAGGGUCCCCUCCCCACAGUUUGCUACCAUCUUCUCAUCCGAAGGAGCAAGCACUUCCAGGAAUGAACCCAGCGCCCUCAUGGACACAGACGAUGUGUUUGAGAACAGCUACCCAGAUAGCGAAGACCUCCACACUUCUUCUGCCACAAACAACAACAACAACUACACAGAGGAUCCCUACAGUCGAUAAGGGUUCAUAAAAAUGCUGGGUCUUUACUGUGUGAGAACACAGGGAUAUAGACUGAUGCCAGCUAUCUGACUGGCAGCUGGCAGACAUACAGUACAAAGGAAUGUGUGUUUUUGAAUCUGGUGUUACAUGUCCUUCAGUCUUUAACUCUCUUUUUCAUAGGGACUCCAACCCUAAAGCAACCAUGCCUACUUUAAUGGCUCAAGCACCUAGGUAUUUACUCAGUUCCUGUUGCAAGUAUUUUUUUUUACUUACGUUUGUACUUGCAAUAUUUAGCUUCCUAUGUAGAAACAAUAGCAAACUAGUACUAUGAUCAUUCCAUGCCCGUACUUGAAUACUAUAAUGCUAGCUUUGUUUUAGAAAAGGUUGCUGCACACAAAGUGUUGUGUAUGUAUGAUGGUUACAGGGUGCUGUUUAAAUACCUAGAUCAUUAAAUAGGGUUUCGUGUGUACAGUAGUCGGUGCUACUUGAUGAGAAAAAGCAUUACUUUGGGGGGGGGGGGGUGGUUUAAUGUAAAAAGUGCCAGCACAUCAGCUGUCUGUGAUCUGUCAAUUAUGUUUUCCAGUGUGAAAAGCUCCUCAAUUUUGAGCAUGAGCUUAGUUGUAUAACAUGUAAAUCUGUUUGUAAUUAAGCAAGAUAAAAAAAAAAAACUAACAACCUGUUAAUAAGCAGACUGCUUCUUGGCAGUUUUAUUCACCCUGUUGUACUUUAGGACUGGGAUCUAGAAAGAACCAUUGGAUUUGUAGUCAUCUGAGUACAGAUCCAGUCUAAUGGAAUUCAGAAAGACUACAGCUCCCAGAGUUCCCUUUUACUUCCUUUCCCUGUUGUGUAUCCAGGGUUUGAGUAAAAGAAAAAACAAAAGAGGAAGCCACUUUCCUUAAGAGUAACUUUGUGUUAUUAAUCACCAUCACUCUUCAAUGGAGGAUUGCUGCUCCCACAGUGAUAUGGAAAGACACUUUACAGCAUGACUGGCUAAUGCUGCAUUGCAUUUGAAAAUACAGAACACUGGUUGUGUAAUAGUUGCCAGGUGUUCUUUCUUGGAGCAUUGCAAAUAGCCCAGUUUCAUUGUAUUAUUUUAAUUUUGGUUUACUUGCCUAAGGCAUGACUCAAUUGAUGCCCACCCCCCACCCCCCACCCCUGUCUAUCUGCCGUCUAAAAUGUUCAAAAUAAAAGUGGCAUUCGAGUCACCCUCUGUUUCUUCUAGCUGGGCAUUGGCACUGAAGGAAUUUGGAAGUCAGCCAGUCAGAUAUCAUCAUUGGCAGUCUUUCUUCCUAUUUGUAAUAUUCCUAUGGGCAUUGUAAAAACCACUAGUUUGGAGAAACUUGAGAUUUGCACCUGGGUUGAAUGCGUUCGUUACCACUAGCGAAACACAAUGAAAAACGGCUCCAGACAUGCAUGGGAGGGCUAGGUUGAAGGUGUUGGGAUUAACUAGAUGACCUCUUAUGAUAUAACUUGAAACAGACAAGCAGCUCUCAACUAUGAAGAGCUUCUCAUUGGUGGUCUAGAGCAGAUUUCUGAGGGGAAGCUUGUAUGCUUUGAUUUUGUCGUAGAACAUUAAUACCUGUUUUUUAAAUGUAUUUAUUUGUUCAUGAUAGCUUGUUAUCACCAACCCAGUUUGUUCCUCAAACUGGAGGAGAGCAACCCUCUUAGAUCUGUUGCACCAUAGCCAAGGCUGUAUUUUGUUCGUGGAUUUCACGAUUACCGUCAAAUUUACCCAUUGCCAUGUAAUAUGUAGUUCCCGUGAAAAUUCCCCAUUUAGGAAAGAAUAGUGUAAAUAUUGACAUUUUUUAACAAAGUAAAGACAACAAACCUUGUUGAUGCACUACCUGUUACACUGCAUUUAGGAACCGGGCAGCCAGUUUAGUUUGCUUCUGGUAAAUGAUUGAACA